AUGGGCGGCGUGCCCUGGAAGCGGGUGGAGCUCGCCGCGCUCGUCGUCUACGCGCUGGGGUUCUACCUCGUCAUGAUCCGGAAAUCGCUUCGCCUCUCGCACGAUUACUCCGGGAGGCUCUACGGACUACGCGCGGGGUCACUUUCGGGGCAUCUGAAUGACCUGUCCGACGCGCAAUGGAGGAACUUCCGCGGGAACUUGCCUAUUCUGUCCGCUGUAAUGGGAACAUUUCUGGUGUUAGUUAAUGGACUGCGAUACUGCUAUGGCUUGAAAGGGCGAGGGACCGCCCUGUUGUGGCUUGUGCUGUCCUUGAGCUAUCUGUGUUAUCUUCACGGUGCUUGUGUUGUCUUCAUUCUCUUAAUUUCAUCGAUUAAUUACUCUAUUGUCAAGCUAUUUGCUCAUUAUAAGUAUUGCACAAGCCUCAUUUGGAGCUUCAACUUAUCUGUUCUUGUUCUUAACCGAGUUUAUGAAGGCUAUUCAUUCUCAUUGUUCGGGCAAAAUCUGGCUUUUCUAGACAAUUAUCGGGGUACAUUUCGAUGGCACAUAUGCUUCAAUUUUGUUGUAUUACGGAUGAUUAGCUUUGGAUGUGAUUACUGCUGGACAGUUCAUUCUUCUCGCUUUGAUCACAAGAAACAUAUGCAAAGAUGUCAGGUUUGUUAUUCUGGCAAAACAUGCUACUUUGCUUUGCAGGAAAGAGGGCUCAGUGUUGACAGGUACACUUUCCUCACGUAUUUAUGCUACUUGACAUAUGCUCCACUCUACAUUGCUGGUCCUAUUGUUGGAUACAAUGCCUUUGCUGCUCAGUUAGAGGUACCUCAGAAAAAUUAUUCAUUUGCACAAAUAUCUUUGUAUGGCCUGAGGUGGAUCUUAAAUUUCCUCAUUAUGGAAGGCAUGACACACUUUUUCCACUACAAUGCCUUUGUAGUAAGCCGAUUAUGGCAGCACUUAUCCCCAUUUGAGAUCUUCAUCAUCAGUUAUGGGGUUUUAAACUUUAUGUGGUUGAAAUUCUUUCUUAUUUGGCACUACUUCCGGCUUUGGUCACUGGUUGGAGGAGUCGAGACACCUGAAAACAUGCCUAGGUGCAUAAAUAACUGCCACGAUCUGGAGAGUUUCUGGAAAAGCUGGCAUGCUUCUUUUAACAGAUGGUUGGUUAGGUACUUGUACAUUCCUCUUGGUGGUUCUCGAAGAAAGCUACUGAGUAUCUGGGUGAUAUUCACGUUUGUAGCAGUGUGGCAUGAUUUGGAAUGGAAACUUGUUUCAUGGGCGUGGUUAACUUGCUUAUUUUUUGUUCCAGAGAUAUUGGUCAAAUCUCUGUCUAACAAAUUUCAGGCAAGUAGUACCCUUGGGAUCCUUGUUCAUCGUGAAUUUAAAGCAAUUGCUGGUGCUGUGACAAUCAGCUUUCUUAUGGUGGCAAACCUUGUCGGUUAUGUUGUGGGACCAUCUGGGAUUAAACUUCUGAUCUCAAAAAUGAUUGGGAAGGAUGGGAAUAAUAUGCUGGUAGGCAAGGCAUUGCCACCUAACAUUGGAGAACUUCUUCCCAAUCUCAUAGAACUUUCAUUGAAAAAUAACACAUUUGAGGGUGCCAUCCCAGCUUCCCUAGGCAAUGCUCUAGGGCUACAAGAUAUAGAUUUAUCACAUAACAAACUCAUGGGACAAAUUUCCACCGCUUUCGGAAAACUAGCAAAUUUGACUGACCUAAACCUCGAGUACAACCAGCUUGUAGCAAGGAACAACCAGGACUGGGCAUUUCUGAGUGCACUACAAAACUGUAGAUCUCUUAACUCUCUCUCACUCUCUUACAAUGAGCUGCAGGGACCUAUACCGCAGUCGAUCGGUAACCUAUCGACGACCAACCUUGAAUAUCUUGACUUUGCUGGAAACAACUUGUCAGGACACAUUCCACGGGGUAUAGGAAAUCUUAGUGCCUUAACUUUGUUGGAUUUAGGUGAAAACUAUUUUAGCGGUACGAUUGAAGGAUUGGUCGACAACCUAACUCGGUUGGAAUACAUCGACUUACAUGGAAAUGAACUUGAGGGUCUCAUACCAGCCAGCUUUGGAAAUCUUCCGUGGCUGCAACAGUUGUACCUAAACGAUAACAACCUUCAAGCAUCUGGUAUCAGACGUCUACCUCCGAUCCCCACCUUCCCAAACUCUGCUCCUUACCCUGUCCCCAUCCUGGCCGACGUAUCUGCCGCCGAUCAUCCCCACUACACUCGGCGGCAACGACAGCUCGGUGUCAUGGAUCCCAACCUAAAGCUUGUACCCGACCAGAUCAAUCGCCGCUUCGACGAUCACGAGACCAGCUGGGAGAAGCGUUUCGCCGAUCUACAGAAGGAUCGAGCGGAUCGUGCUGCUGCGGUUGAUCAGCGCCUCGCCGCGUUGGAGUCCUCGCGCGCGUCGUCGCUAUCCUCCGCCAUCACCGACCGCCUCGACGCGCUGGAGUCGUCUCAGUCCGACCAUGAAGCAGUCGUCUCCAAGCGCCUCUCCGAGCUCGAGCUGAUCCGCGUCGACCCCAUCGCCGACAAGCGGGACGCUCGCGUCACCGCCCUGGAAGCAGCCGCGGUGGAUCUCGGUUCAUGGCGUCCCGAAGUCGAGGGCGUCGUCGAUGAUCUGCGACUCAAGGUUCAGAAGGUGUCGAAGCUCUACGACCACAUGGUGUUCGACACAUCGUCGCACCACCCGGGCAUCUUCACCUCUCCUGCAUCGGUGGCCAUUUAG